AUGCCUUCUAACAAAAAUCGUUUGUACAUUACCUUAUAUCCUAGCGGUGUCGCAAACAACGAGGAGCGCAAAUACCACUGGGGCUUUCUGAUUGGACCCAAAGCAGAGGGGAAAGACGUAAUACCAGGCGCAAGUUACCACGUCAAAAACUCCCCUUUCGGCUGGACCUAUGAAGAAAUCCCAUUAGAGAAUGUCCAAACCACCAUCAGACUCUUAGCACGCAUUCUCAUCGCCAAGAUCGAAGAUGAACAACGUCUCAUUACCCUUCUUCGACGGCUUCCAGUUGUGCAGGGUGAUUCAAACUGGAGAUGUCGUACUUGGGUCGCGAGUGCCUUGGCCGAGAUUGCGAAGGACGGGAAGUGUGUUGGUACCGCCGAGCUAGACUGGCAGAAGAUCGAGGCAUGUGCGAGACGAUACGUAGGAGACAAGACUGCUAGUGGUCGCUAUCGAUCAGCUGCUGAUUUGUCGAAACCGAAGCCAACCUGGGACAUGCUUGAAAACAAGGAAAGUGUGCCGUAG